CUAAUUCAUUAAUUAAAACGCCAUACGGGAAGAGAGAUCAGCAAUUACAAUUCAUUAAUAAAAAAGAUAAAUAAAUAAGAGAAUAAACAAAGAGCGUCGAAAAAGAUGGGAAUUUUUGCGCAGUCGAUUCUGGAAAUUUCGGAUUCCCCGAAAGAGGCGCAGGCAACAGCGACUAAUGUAUCAUCGCAGGUGCAUCAUGUGUCUAGAGCGAAACGGGGACAAGUAAUCGGUUCUGUUCAAGGAUUUCGUGGUUGCACAAUUUGGAUGACGGGACUUUCCGGUGCCGGGAAGACUUCCGUUUCUUUCCAGCUUGAAGAAUAUCUUGUUUCUCAAGGAAUUCCUGCGUACAGUUUGGAUGGGGAUAAUAUGCGCACCGGUCUAAAUCGCAAUCUUGGCUUCAGUAAAGAGGAUCGCGAGGAGAAUGUGCGUCGCGUCGCCGAAGUCGCGAGACUCUUCGCAGAUGCUGGCAUCAUCACCCUCUGCAGCUUCGUAUCGCCGUUCGCGACGGAUCGAAAAAUGGCACGCGAGAUUCACAAAAACGCCGAUUUGCCCUUCUUCGAGAUAUUCGUCGAGGCAUCUCUCCAAGUAUGCGAAUCCCGUGACGUCAAGGGGCUUUAUAAGAAGGCUCGCCAGGGUAUCAUUAAAGGUUUCACCGGUAUCGAUCAGAAUUACGAUGUACCCAUCACGCCUGAUCUCGUCGUCAACACGGAGAACGCGACUGUUCGACAAUCCACUGAUCUCAUCAUCGAUUUUCUCCAACGUAAACAUAUUAUACCAAAGUUGGAUGAAUCCAAGCAACCUUUCCAGGAAUUAUUCGUGAAAGAGGAUAGAAUAGAAGAUGUCCGGAAGGAAAUGAGAACACUUCCAGCCUUGGAGAUCGGAGAGAUAGAUAUGCAAUGGGUGCAAGUUCUCGCUGAAGGAUGGGCGGCGCCUCUGAAAGGAUUUAUGAGGGAGAAUGAGUAUCUUCAAACACAGCAUUUUAACUGUUUGUAUGAAAAUGGGAUUCAAAUCAACCAAUCAAUCCCCAUUGUUCUUGCCGUAAGCACUGCUGAUAAGGAACGCUAUUUCAAUGCAAAUGCGCUCGUUCUCAGAUACCAAGAUAAAGAUCUUGCAAUCUUACGCAAUCCGGAAUUUUAUCAUCAUCGCAAGGAAGAACGUUGCUGUCGACAAUUCGGUACCAACGAUCCUAGGCAUCCGUACGUCAGAAUAAUUCGGGAAUCCGGCGAUUGGCUAGUCGGCGGUGAUUUGGAAGUAAUUGAAAGAAUUCGAUGGAAUGACGGUCUAGAUCAUUACAGGCUAACGCCUAACGAGAUCAGGGACAAAUGUCAGGAGAUUGGCGCCGAUGCGGUUUUUGCUUUCCAACUACGAAAUCCGAUACACAAUGGACAUGCGCUGCUGAUACAAGAUACUAGAAGGUACCUCGUCGAGGAGCGUGGCUUCAAGAAACCAGUUCUUCUCCUGCAUCCUUUAGGUGGGUGGACUAAAGAUGAUGAUGUUCCUUUACCAAUCAGAAUACAACAACAUCAAGCUAUCCUCGAAGAAGGGAUCUUGCAUAAGGAUACUAUUCUUGCUAUUUUCCCGAGUCCGAUGUGUUACGCCGGUCCUACAGAGGUGCAAUGGCAUGCAAAAGCUCGCAUGAUUGCAGGGGCAAAUUUCUACAUCGUUGGCAGGGAUCCUGCCGGCGUGCCGCAUCCUGAUAAAUCCGUCACACCGGACGGCAAUCUUUACGACGCCACUCAUGGUGCGCGCGUCCUUUCAACAGCGCCGGGCUUACAGAAUCUUGAAAUUAUUCCUUUUAGAGUAGCCGCUUACGACAUCAAAGCGAAGAAAAUGUCUUUCUUUGAAGCUGAACGGCAGCAAGACUUUAUUUUUAUUUCUGGCACCAAAAUGCGCGCUUUGGCCAAAAAUGGUGAAGAUCCUCCCGAAGGCUUCAUGGCGCCAAAAGCAUGGAAAAUUCUCGCAAAAUAUUAUCAAACUGCACAUACAUGCAGAUGAGAAACAAAUUAUCAGAAAAAUUGAUAUUUUUGUAACUGGUAUAACAGCUAUCUUUUUUUUAAAUAUCGUAUACAUAUAACAU